AUGAAUGAAAAGCAGCAUAUUCGAAACAUUAUUGAUCAGAAUGUACAUCAAUCCCGAAUAGAUUAUCGAGUUCAACUAGAAGCUUCAGUUGAUUGCAUUCGGUUUCUUCUAAGACAAGGCCUUGCCUUUCGUGGUCAUGACGAGUCAGAGAACUCAAGCAAUCAAGGUAACUUUCUUCAGGUUUUGCAAUUUCUCGUUGAUCACAAUGAUGAAGUGAGAGCUGUUGCAUUGAAGAAUGCUCCUGAAAAUCUUAGAUUGACAUCACCUAGGAUUCAAAAGUACAUUGUUAAUGCUGCUGCUGUUGAAACUACAAAUGUUAUUAUGAGAAACAUGAGUGAUGCCUUUUUUUCUAUCCUAGUUGAUGAAUCUAGGGAUGUAUCUGUGAAGGAGCAAAUGGCUGUUACCUUUCGUUAUGUGGAUAAAAAUGGGUGUGUGAUUGAAUCCUUCAUAGGCAUUGAACAUGUAGCGAGUACUACUGCAAUCUCACUUAAGAAAGUUAUAGAUGCACUAUUCUCUAAACAUGGAUUAAGCUUCUCUAGGAUACGUGGUCAAGGUUACGAUGGCGCCAGUAAUAUGAGUGGAGAACUUAAUGGUCUGAAGACCCUUAUUUUGAAGGAUAACUCGAGUGCCUUUUAUGUCUUUGCAUCAAUUGGUAGUGUUGUAAACAUUGUUGGGGCAUCUUCUAAACAUCGAGACAUUCUUCGAGAAAAGCAAGCUCUUAAAGUCAUUGAGGCACUUAAAGUUGGAGAACUUACAAGUGGACACGGACUCAAUCAAGAAACUGAAAUUAAGCAUUCAUGUGAUACGCGUUGGAGCUCACAUUAUGGUACUCUUCUAAACUUUACUGUCAUGUUUUCUUCCAUAAUUGAUGUGUUGGAUGAAAUAGCAUUUGAUAAAGUGAGUUCUGAUCAGAAGCAUGAAGCUUUUAUUUCUUUGAAGUUGCUGCAAUCAUUUGAUUUCAUAUACAGUUUGCAUUUGAUGAGAAUUAUACUUGGAAUCACUCAUGAGUUAUCACAAGCACUACAAAAAGAUGGUCAGGACAUAGUGAAUGCUAUGGAUUUAGUGAAAGUGUGCAAGAGAAAAUUGCAGACUUUUAGGGAGAGUGGAUGGCUUUCUUUGUUUGAGCAGGUUGUUCUAUUUUGUGGAAAAGAGAAUAUUAGUGUUCCAAACAUGGAUGAUCAAUAUGAGCUAGAUAACCGUUUCAGUGAGGCUACUACUGAACUUCUCCUUUGUUUGGCAUCUCUAAAGUUGUUGUUGCUAGAAUGUCAGUUAGAGACUUAUAUUGAUGAUAUGCGAUCUAACAACAAGUUCCAAGAAUUGCAAGGGAUUGCUGAUCUUGCAAAGAAAUUAGUUGAGACAAGAAAGCAUAAGACAUAUCCUUAUGUUUAUUUGCUGAUCACUUUGGCUCUAGUACUUCCUGUUGCAACACCCUCUGUUGAAAGAGCUUUCUCUGCCAUGAAUAUUAUAAAGAAUCGAAUUCGCAAUCGAAUGGGAGAUCAAUGGAUGAAUGACUGCUUAAUUGUAUAUCUUGAGAAGGAUAUAUUCAAUUCCAUUGACAAUGAGUCUAUUAUUCAGCGAUUUCAAAACAUGGCACCUCGUAGAGGACAAUUAUAG